AUGGGGAUCUUGAUGAUGGCUCGUCCGCUUCAAGCGCUCUUGUGUCUCGCUCUUCUAGGAUUGGGCAAGUCACAGGGAUUCGUCACCUUUCUCAACCCGAUUGGAGACGAAUUGGUGGACGCAGGAACGACUCAUGAAGUCAGAUGGUCUCCCGGCUCGAUAUUAGGUGAUGCCACACUGUCGUUGCUGUCAGGCGAGAAUGACAUGACGCUGUCGUUCAAAGGCGAGAUUGAUACAUCAAUAGAUAUCGGGAAUGGAUCAUAUCUCUGGGAUGUAGGGAAGGAUCUUGGGACCGAGCAGGCCUACGGCUUGAAAUUGACCUUCAACUCGGACCUCGACACAUUCGAAUAUGGCGCCUCCUUCAAGAUCGCCGCUAUGGAUGGUAUCUCUGGUACCACAACUCCCGAAACGGCGUCUCAGAGCACGACAGGCACUCCGAGCUUAAGCACCGUGUCCCCGACCACAAGCGACAGCUCGUCCGCGGCCGCAGCCUCGUCACAGUCAACGCCAACGCCGACGGCCGAGUCCAAAGCUGACCCUGACUCGAGCUCUACACACACAGGUGCCACUGUGGGAGCUGUCAUUGGUGUUGUUGCUCUCGUAGCGAUAAUAUGCGGCCUGGCCGCCCUCGUGCUCUACUAUAGAAGGAAAUCGAGAUCACAAGGAUCCUCCGGUAAAGGCGACGAGGACAAGAUCGAGAUAGUGGAGGGUUACAACAAGUCAGAACUCGAUGCUAGCCAGACCGAGGUACAAAUGGUGCAGGUCUACGAACUCGAUGCCACGCAGUACGCCCACGAAGUUGACGCGACAACACCUCCGACGGAGCUGGAAACGAGCUCGAGAGGGGAACUUCCCGCCCUGAAGUUGGAGGAUUCGUGGCCGUCUUUGGAAUAUCCGAGCCCGUUGACCAGAACGGGGACCCCUCGAUCUGAUGCGGUGCCUCCGAGUCCGAUGUCCAUGUUGUGA